CACCUCAUCUCCCUCGACGCCGCCCAGCAAGCGCCUUCUCUACGCCGCCCAUGCCGCUCGCCCAGGCAUCGGCCGCGGCUCGCGCUGCAGCGGCGCGCCUGGCCGGCUCGAACGCCCGAGCACCCGCUGCCCGUGCUCUGCUCCGCGCUGCCGCCUGGCCGCCAGCACCCGAUGCCGGCUCAUCUGGCCGGCCAAGCUGGGCUCCACCGCGCCGGCCCGCAGCGCUGGUUGCUCGCGGUCUUUCGCGAAGCUGUGCUGCCGCCGCUGUGCCUGUGUCGCACUCGACACGCACCGCCGACGCCGAUGCCGCCACGCUGCGCGCUCUCUUUGAUGCACCGACCAGCGCCCAUGGCUCCACAUCGACGUCCAGUGCGGCGCCCAAUACAGGCCUCUUCCGGCUGCCGUCGCUCAAGAGCCCGGCCGACUUUCCCGCGCUGGCCCAGCGCACGCUGCUGCGCGCCCAGCUGCUCGUGUCGCGCAUCGAGCGCGCGCCGCAGCACGGCGAGCGCGAGAUGGCCGAGGUGGUGCGCAUGCUCGACCGCCUCAGCGACACGCUCUGCGGCGUCAUUGAUGCUGCUGAGCUCGUGCGGAAUGCGCAUCCGGAUCCAGAAUGGGUGCAGGCGGCCAAUGAGGCGUACGAAGGGCUGUGUGGGUACAUGAAUGUGCUCAACACGCACACGGGACUGUACCAGGUCGUCUCGCAGGUGCUCUCAGACCCGAAGCUCUGCGCCUCACUCUCCGAAGAAGCGCUCUCCGUCGCGAUCGUGUUUCAGCGCGACUUUGAAAAGUCCGGCAUCCACCUGCCGCCAGCGUCGCGCGCUCGCUUCGUGGAUCUGUCUGACGAGCUGCUCGUGCUCGGCCGCAAGUUCCUCUCUGCGCAGCCGGGCGGCACUACGCAUGCGCUGCCGCAAGAAUGGCUCGCAGGCGUUCCUGGUCCCGUAGGCUCCGCGCUGGCGUCCGUGCCGCGGAGAAACGGCGCACUGCAGAUUCCCGCAGGCGGCUGGGAGGCGCAGACGAUCCUCAAAUAUGCGCCGGACGAGCGUGCCCGGCAGACUGCCUUUGCCGCUCUGAAUGGAGCGCCGAAGGACCAGGUGGACACACUGGAAGAGCUGCUGAGGCGGCGUGCCGAUCUCGCGGACUUGACGGGCAGUGAGAGCUUUGCGGAGCUCACGCUCAGCGACAAGAUGGCGAAGCGGCCAGAGAACGUGACCGAGUUCCUCGCAGCGCUCAGCGAGCACCACUGCCCGCGGGUCCAGCGUAACCUCGACGAGCUGCGCGCGCUGAAGCGGCGCGAGCUGACCGGCAAAGAUUCGGGCCCGCUGCCGAGCUUCAAUGCAUGGGACAGAGACUACUACGCCACGCAGCAUCUGCGCUCGGCUUCGCUGCAGAGCUCGACGCGCCCCAUCGCGCCGUUCUACAGCGUUGGCACCGUCUUCGCCGGACUCUCGAAGCUCUUCGAGCGCCUCUAUGGCCUGCGCUUCCGCGCCGCCCAGACGCAGCAUGGCGAGGUGUGGGCGCCGGACGUGCACCGCAUCGAGGUCGUCAACGAGGACAACGAGGCGGUCGGCACAGUGUACGCAGACCUCUACGCGCGCGAGGAGAAGCCGCCGAGCGCUGCGCACUACACCGUGCGCUGCUCGCGCCGCACGGACGCGGACGAUCUGCAUGGCGACUUCCAGUUCGGCGCCCUGCCCGACGGCACGCGGCUGAGCGAGCGCGACUAUGCCGAGGAGGCACGCCCGCUGGAAGCUGAGAGCUUUCCGGUGCGAGGCAAGGAGGGCAAGUACCAGCUGCCGACGGUCGUGCUGCUGUGCGACUUUGUGCGCCCGUCGAGCGAGACGGGCCCGAGUCUGCUCAACUGGGCGGAGGUGGAGACGCUGUUCCAUGAGAUGGGCCACGCGCUGCAUUCGAUGCUUGGACGGACGGAGUACCACAACGUCUCAGGCACGCGAUGCGCGACCGACUUCGUCGAGCUGCCCUCGAUUCUGAUGGAGCACUUCGUCUCGUGCCCGACCGUCGUCGGCCUCGUUGCCUCGCACCACGCGACGUCGGCCGCACUCCCAUACUCUGCGCUCGAGGCGCACCUGGCGGCUGCACGCUCGCUUGAGUCGCUCGACACGCACCACCAGGUGCUGCUGGCGCUACUCGACCAGCACUACCACUCGCGCGCCGCUUCCGAUCCGGCAUUCGACUCGACCGCUGCGCUGUGUGCGCUGCACAACGAGCGCGGCGUCAUGCCUGGCGUGCCGGGCGUCGCCGCACAGGCGCACUUCGGCCACUUGUUCGGCUACGGCGCCACGUACUACUCCUACCUCUUCGACCGUGCCAUCGCGAGCCGCGUGUGGGCCAAGCUCUUCCAGGCGAACCCGCUCGAUCGUGAGGCGGGCGAGAAGUUCAAGUCGCACGUUCUCGUCCACGGCGGCGGCCGCGACCCGUGGGAGAUGCUCGCAGAGGUGCUGGAGGACGACAGCAUCGCGCGCGGCGACAACAAGGCGAUGCAGACCGUCGGCCGGUGGGGCAUCGCAGACGUCGGCGUCGAGGCGCGGCGUUGAAACCGAGCCGUGGCAAACUCACCGGAAGCUGCUCCGUGCAGCCGCAAGUCACCCAGCAACUCCACCACUCAUACCUGGAACAGUCACGCGACGUGUGGAGCAUGAGUCGUAUAGCGCGACAGACGGAAGGAGCGCGGUGCCCACUCCCCGCCAAUGAUGAGAUUGCGUUUGAGUCCGCGCGCAGCAUUGCGUGGGCAGCUCAGGGAAUCCAGUUCUCCUCCUCCUCCUUCAUCGGCGCAUCCGCCUCCUCUUCCUUCAUGCCGCCUGCGGAGCCAUUGCCGCUCGACGGGCUCGAGCCGCCCAUGGGCACGUCCACCGCGGCCCACGCCAGCUUGACCUUGCCGACGCCGGGCACCUCGCCGCCCA